AUGUCCAACUUGACACACCAGUUCCCAAAUGGAACUUAUUCUAGUGGCAGCAAUGCUACUCUUGCCAACAAUCCAUACCUUUGUACCCUCGAAACAUGCGAUUUGUCCAUGUCGAGUUUCCUCUACCGUCCAACAGUUGCCGGAAAUGCGCUCUUUGCUGGAAUCUUCGUUGCCUGCAUCAUCGGACAACUCUUUCUGGGCAUCAAACAUAAGACUUGGGGUUACAUGGUUGCAAUGAUUCUUGGCCUUGUCCUUGAGGUCGUAGGAUAUGUUGCUCGCGUCAUGAUCCACAACUCACCAUUCGACAAUAACAACUUCUUGAUGUAUCUCGUCUGUCUUACUAUCGCACCGGCUCUUCUGACAGCUGCUAUCUACCUCUGCCUCGGACGCAUCGUCCACGUUUACGGCGAGCACCUAUCUUACUUCAAGGCCCGUACCUACACCGUCAUCUUCUGCACCUGUGAUCUCAUCUCCCUCGUCCUGCAAGCCCUAGGUGGUGGCAUCGCCUCCUCAUCCAACGAUCUCAGCGGCAAAAACCUGGGCAAGAACCUCAUGUUGGCAGGUCUGAUCUUCCAGGUCGUCUCCCUUGUCCUCUUCGCUCUCUGUGCCGGUGACUUCGCGCUCCGUGUCAUGAAGAACAAGUCCCGCUGGAAUGUCAAGUACAUCGAUAUCGUCAACUCCCUGCUCUUCAAGUCCUUCCUCGUUGGUCUUGUCGUCGCUUCUGUUACCAUUUUUGCGAGGUCAGUUUACAGAUGUGCUGAGCUUGCCGGAGGUUUCAAUGGUUCACUGUUUACGAGUGACGAGGCGCUCUUUAUGGUGCUGGAGGGUGCUAUGAUUGUUAUUGCGACGACGUGUUUGACUGUACUGCAUCCUGCUGUUGCGUUCCAGGGCGCCUGGCAUGAGGCCAACUUCCAGUUCCGCACCAAGAAGGGUUUUGUUGAUGGCAAGCACCAGAGAGUUAACAGCGACGAGGAAAGCCAGAGUGGAAUCGAGAUGGGGCAAGCUGCUCCCUUUGUUCGGAAGUGA